CAUUCUGCGGCCGGUGUUCUACGUGAGGUCGUAUACGGUAUUGCCGGACUGGUUCGUGGUAACCAGAGUAUUGGUGCCCUGGACUGCCACUUUAUUGGUGUUGAUUUUUUCUAAAGGCUGCUUAGCGCGACGCUCAGUAUAUUUUCCUGAUCAGCCUUGGGUACUGGAAGCCUAGCAAAACCCAUCGGCAUCGCAAGUGGGACGAACAUGUCUUCAGAAAGAUACAGUUUUUCACUUACAACUUUCAGUCCUUCUGGAAAGCUGGUGCAGAUCGAGUAUGCAUUGGCGGCUGUUGCAGCAGGUGCACCAUCAGUAGGUAUCAAAGCCACCAAUGGUGUAGUGAUCGCCACGGAGAACAAGUUCAAGUCGAUCCUGGCUGACGAGCACAGCAUACACAAGGUGGAGAAGGUGACCAACCACAUCGGCAUGAUCUACAGCGGCAUGGGCCCCGACUACCGCGUGCUGGUGAAGCGCGCCCGCCGCGUGGCGCAGCAGUACCAGCUGAUGUACGGCUGCGAGAUCCCGACCGGGCAGCUGGUGCAGCGGCUGGCGGCCGUCAUGCAGGAGUACACGCAGUCGGGCGGCGUGCGGCCGUUCGGCGUGUCACUGCUCAUCUGCGGCUGGGACCAGGGCCGGCCGCGCCUCUUCCAGUGCGACCCCAGCGGCGCCUACUUCGCCUGGAAGGCCACCGCCAUGGGCAAGAACUUCAUCAACGGCAGGACGUUCCUCGAGAAGCGGUACACCGACACCAUGGAGCUGGACGACGCCGUACACACGGCCGUCCUCACGCUCAAGGAAAGCUUCGAGGGCCAGAUGACCGAGAACAACAUCGAGAUCGGCAUCUGCAACGACGCCGGCUUCCGCCGCCUCAGCCCGGCUGAGGUUAAGGAUUACCUGGCCAACAUCGUCUAGCUCCGGCGCGGGUCUGGCCGGAGCGUUUCCGGGACUUCUCCCCUGUGACAGGACGGCCGGCGGCCGUAGAACGCUCUCGCUCCCGACCGGAUGGCUGACUCGGCGUGUUUCCAAUACAUUGUGUCUCCGUU